AUGUCAAAAUGUUUUUUCAAAGGGCAUUACUUGAAAGCUACUGCAGGUACAUGCGAAGAAAUGAUGAAAAGAGCUGUAUUUUCUAGAGAAUUGGGCGUUUCGAUCGUAAUGCAUGACUACUUAAAGGGGGGAUUCACCACAAAUACUGGCUUGGCUCAUUAUUGCCGAGAUAAUGGUCUACUUCUACACAUCCACCGUGCAAUGCAUGCAGUUAUUAAUGGACAGAAGAAUCAUGGUAUGCACUUUCGGGUAUUAGCAAAAACAUUACGUAUGUCUGGUGGAGAUUAUAUUCGCACUGGUACCGUAGUAGGUAAACUUGAAGGUGAAAGAGACAUAACUUUGGGCUUUGUUGAUUUAUUGCGUGAUGAUUUUGUUGAACAAGAUCGAAGUCGCGGUAUUUAUUUCACUCAAGAUUGGGUCUCUUUACCAGGUGUUCUACCUGUGGCUUCAGGAGGUAUUCAUGUUUGGCAUAUGCCUGCUCUGACCAAGAUCUUUGGGGAUGAUUCCGUACUACAUUUAGGUGGAGGAACUUUAGGACAUCCUUGGGGUAAUGUGCCAGGUGCCGUAGCUAAUCGAGUAGCUCUAGAAGCAUGUGUAAAAGCUCGUAAUGAAGGACGCGAUCUUGCUCGAGAAGGUAAUGAGAUUAUUCGUGAGGCUUUCAAAUGGAGCCUGGAACUAGCUGUUUCUUGUGAGGUAUGGAAAGAGAUCAUAUUUAAUUUUGCAGCAGUGGACGUUUUGGAUAAGUAAAAACAGUAGACAUUAGUAGAUAAAUUAGCAGGAAUAACGAAGGAUAAGGAGAAAGAACUCAAGUAAUUAUCCUUCGUUCUCUUAAUUGAAUUGCAAUUAAACUCGGCCCAAUCUUUUACUAAAAGGAUUGAGCCGAAUACAACAAAAAUUCUAUUGCAUAUAUUUUGACUAAGUAUAUACUUACCUAGAUAUACAAGAUUUGAAAUACAAAAUCUAGAAAACUAAAUAAAAAUCUAAGACUCAAAUCUUUCUAUUGUUGUCUUGGAUCCACAAUAAAU